AUGUUCGACUUGGCCUUCCGCAGGGCGCUGGCUCGAACCAGUGACCCGCCGCACAUCAUGCACGCGCGCGGGCACUUCGGCAAAGUUUUGGAAGAGAUGGACCUUGACCAGCCGAUGGAGCUGAGUCUCAAGUUCAAGGUUGGCGGCUGCAAGAGGAUUUCAGUACAUCUCAAUCUGAGCAAAUUGGACGUGCAACUCACGGCCAUCAUGAGCUCAUUGAGUGUUUUAGAGCAUUGCUGCAGCAGUGCGGCCUACCCAUGGGAGGCCCAAGCGAUGCGAGCGAACGUCCAGCAGCUGCUGAAGCUCCGCGCUGAGGUGCUGAAGUCUGCGAGGCAAGCUCCACUUCCUGAGGAGCCAACAGGCUUGGAGGGCCUGUCCGCCAAGGCGUGCCUCGAGGAGCACACGGAUGCGCAGCUGAGUGAGCAGCUGAGUGAGCAGAUGAGUGAGCAGCUGAGCGAGCAGCUGAGUGAGCAGCUGAGUGAGCGGCUGGAUGAGCGGCAUGAGUUCCGGGACGAGCAGCUGGAGUUAGAUGAUGCGUCUGAGCUCUUUGAGAGCAAGGCGAAGACGGGGCCGGAGGGCGGGAGCACCAGCCGGGCCUCCCGCGCGGCCAAGUUCUUCAGCGCGAUGAAGGGCCUGGUGAGGCGAAAGCCAAAGCUGCAAACGGCGGUUUCAGCCCCUGCGCACGAUGAGGACGACAUAGAGAUUGUCGCUCGGAAAGCGUCGGCAUCAUUCAAGCAGCUGGAGCAUCUGGCUUUGAUAUUCGUCGGGAUGCACGCAUACACCGGUGAGCGAAUGAUUCUGGAGAACAUCGUUAGUGAGACAGGUCGGGACAGCACAACGGUUUUCCAAUGGCACCAGAUAGGGCCGGAGCACAAGCACGAGUUUCAGCUGGAAAUGCGGCCCCUGGUGAGCUUCACAACAGGGGAGGACAACAAUGUUCAAUUUGAGGCAAGGAGGGUGCGCUGGGAGGAGCAUUCGAACGAGAAUGACGUGGCAACAGCAGUCUGGGAAGUCCAGCUGCUGUUGCCAGAGUUUCUGGCGCAGGAGCGUGACCUUCGGGUCGUGGUGGUUGGCUCCAACAUUUGCUAUUCCUACGACGUCUUUGACUUUGGCGAGCUUGUCUCGGUGAGAGACGGCUUCGAGAAGGAUCAGUUUUUGGCGAAGCCCUACGCCAUUUUCCGGUCCUACGGCCAGUCCAAGUUGGCCAACCUGCUCUUCUGCCGCGAGCUGACAGCGCGCCUGCGCAAACAAGAUGCCUCCCGGAUCCGCGUGAACUGCGUGCACCCGGGCGAGGUCCUGACGCAGGGUCUACGCAGCUUUCCGGCCGCUGGCGAAGUUGCUCUUCAAGUCCCCACAGGAGGGUGCUGUCUGCACGACCUAUGUGGCAACAUCCCCGGACUGUGA